AACAAGUGAAGGAUAGAACUUUUUUCAAAUCAAUUAUAAAUAUUGUGUGCGACAAAGAUCACUUUGAUUGUGUAAGCUGUCAAAUGUGUCAUUUUGGGCGAGAUUUUAUUGUGAAGAGAAGAAUUUUGAAAUGAACACUUUCACCGAUGAUGAGCUCCAAUCAGCGGUGACUGAAUUGGAAGCUAUUGCAUUUGAAAAUCAGCGAAAUAUUGAAGGAAUUGCCUUACUGAAAAAACGAUUUGAACAACAAAUCGGACAACGAAAUGAAAAAUCGAUGCCGACAUUUCCAUUGAAGAUAAAGUGCUGUGGUGGUUGUGGUUUUUCAACAACAUUGGAUGUCAAAUCAUCGGAUACAAUCAAGGAUGUCAAGUUUGGAAUAUGGAAUAAAACCGGUAUUCAACCUCAUCAACAACGUGUCAUUUUCAAUGAACUGCAACUCGAAGAGGAUCGUACGUUGAAUGACUACAAUAUUCAAAAUGGAACCAAUUUAACCAUGGUAAUUCAUCUUCUUGGCUACAAUACACACUCAGCAAAUGGAUUCGAUAUCAAAUUGGCAUACCAACAACUUUCCCAGCUGAAUUUCGAUUUAAAUGAACUAUCUGCAAUUACAUUCAAAAUUCAGGCAAAUAUCAGUGGCAUUGAAGGGUUAAAAAAGCGCAUAGAGGAUGAAAUCAAUGCCAUUGAAAUGAAAAUUGAGCUGCAAAACAAUUCGAUAACACCAACGUCCCCGAUCAUUGAUGAAAAACGCAAAAAUUGUUGUAGCGGUAUGAAGUUGUAAUUUUAAGCAAUACAUUUUUCAUGUACAUUACAUUCCGUAUUAAUAAAAUCAUAAAUACUUCCUCCCCAUGUUGAACUUGUAAACAUUUAAA